AUGGCGACAGUUCCAACCGCCACCCCGAACUCGAUCUUUGAAACUGCCUAUCGGAAGCUGAAGGACUCUGUCACCUCUGCAGAUGCGAAUGCCUUUCAGUCGACCUCUUUCGAAGAUGUUUGGAAAGCGGCUGAGGAAAUCGAAAAAGCUCACGAGGCCAGAGGCAAUCUCCGCAACAUGCGACGCAUUGCCCCUUUCCUCAAGGGUUUGCAAAACUAUUCCAAAGUGAUCGAGGUAUCAUGUAAUGGCACGCCAUAUAUGCCCUGGAUUUGGCUCGCAGAUCAAUACACAAGCAUAUUUGAUAAGCUGCUUGAUGCGUACCGUCAAAUCGCCGAAGUUAUGCCCCAGUUUGGUCGGCUCCAGACGGCCUUCAGUUAUGACCCGAACUUCCAAGUUGUACUCGGCCUUGUUUACUCAGAUAUUCUCGAUUUCCAUCGCAGAGCGUACAAGUUCUUUGGAAGAAGAUGUUAG